CUUUUAUAAACCACACCCCUAACGAACAGCUCAAAGAACCUGCUUACUGCAAAAAUGGCUUUUUACGUGGACGAAGAAAAUGUCUGGAAAUGUGCAAAGCAUCCUUCGAAGCGACGUCGUAGCGGGAUCUGUCCGGUUUGCCUCCAAGACAAGCUAGCAUCUCUUUGCCCCGACUGCGCCUACACGCUUCCUUGCGCUUGUACCGCAGCCUCUUCUUCUUCCUCAUACUCCUUCUCUUGCUUUUCAACCGCCGCAGAUGUCUCAGGUGUCGGCGCCGUCGGUCAAGUUUCCAAUCUCAUCGAAAGCGAGCCUUCGUUCCGACGAUCCAGAUCCCUAUCGAUUCCUUUUCUCCAUUUGAAACCGGAGAGUUUAAACGAAAAGAAGGGUUUAUCGGCGAGCAAUAAGAGCAAGACGCCGUCGUUUUGGACGAUGUUUAGUAGGGCUAGUAACAAGAGCAAGCGGUUCGACAGUGAAGAUCAUGGAAGAGAAGUAGAGAAAGAGAGCGCAGCGGCGGUGGAGGACGAAAGGAAGAGGAGGACGAUGAUGACGAAGUCGAGGUCCGUGGCGAUGAUGUCAAAUUCCGGCAUCGGAGAUUUGAAAUCUUCGACGUCUACGAAAGGAAAGGGGUGGCAUUUCACGAGUCCGAUGAAGGCAUGGAGGCAAACUAGGGUUUCCAAAUUGGUUUUCCAACAACAUUCUCCUUUGUAUAGAGGUUGAUUAAUUACUGUAAGUCCUUUUUUUGCUCUUUAUAUUUGUAUAGUACAUAAGUAAAAAUGCCAAAAAAAAAAAAAGGGGAACGAACGGAAAAAAUAACUGAGUGAAAUCGAGUCACUAAUGACAAUGAUUUUCAAUCUGGCUUUUUGGUGUUCAAUAUGUUACUGCAGUUGGUUAAAUUUCAAUGUGGUUUAUUAUUUUCCGUAAAUUUCAUAGACACGAAUCCCGAAAGAAGAUGGGGGGGAUUAAGAAACAUAAAGAAUGUGAAAGUUGUAGAAUGGGAAAGGGACAACAUGGGUGCACUGCAUGCAUACAUCCACAUUUGCAUAUGCUUUUGCAGGUGGAUAUGGAAGAGUUGGUUUUUUGCUUUGUUGUAUAUUGUUGUUACAUUUUGGGAAUAAAAAGAUACUGAAAGAA